GACCUGUACCUGAGAGUCUGAGACGACGCCAUGUGUCUUUUCACCACUAACUCGGUCUGAAACAACACUGCGCUCUCUGCAAAUGCGAAAGUGAAACAACAAAAAUCCCUGACUUCUUCAAUGCAAAACUGAAAACCCUAGAUCGUCUUCUUUGAACGGAGUCAACUCAAUUCGACUCGAUGGACACUCACUCUCACUUAACCGCACCCAAUCGCUCUCGCAGCUCCCAGUCCCCGUCCCCUUCCCACUCAGCUUCGGCGUCAGCAACCUCUUCCAUCCACAAGCGGAAACGUGCGGCGGCUGCGGCGGCGUCCGAUGACCAUUUGCCUCCACUUGCUCCGUCUUCUUUCUCCGCAGACACUCGAGACGGUGCUCUGACCUCCAACGACGACCUUGAGAGCAUCUCCGCCCGCGGCGCCGACUCCGAUUCCGACGAAGCUGAAGAUUCCGACGCCGUUGUUGAUGAUGACGAGGACGAAUUUGACAAUGACUCUUCCAUGAGAACGUUCACCGCAGCCCGCCUCGAGACCACUGCCGGUGUCUCCGCCGCUGGCAGCAGCGGUCGGAACGCGAAGAUAAAAAUAGAGAAUACGAAUGUGAAGAUUGAAAAUUCUGAUAGCGGGAAGGAUGGUGGGCACACGGGGACUGGUGCAGUGGGGCCUGCCGCAGCGGGAAGUUCUGCUCCAGGGAUUGUGGUAAAGGAGGUUUCUCUUAAAAUAUUUACGGAGAAUUUGCAGACUAGUGGAGCUUAUAGCGCGAGAGAAGAGAAUUUGAAGAGAGAGGAGGAAGCAGGAAGACUCAAGUUUGUCUGUUAUUCAAAUGAUGGUAUUGAUGAGCAUAUGGUUUGGCUGAUAGGAUUGAAGAAUAUAUUUGCGAGGCAAUUGCCUAACAUGCCCAAAGAGUAUAUUGUUCGUCUGUUGAUGGAUAGAAGCCACAAAUCUGUGAUGGUUAUUAGACACAAUCUGGUGGUUGGUGGCAUCACUUAUCGUCCAUAUACCAGUCAGAAGUUUGGGGAGAUAGCUUUUUGUGCAAUCACUGCAGAUGAACAAGUAAAAGGUUACGGCACAAGAUUGAUGAAUCAUUUAAAGCAGCAUGCACGUGAUGUUGAUGGGUUAACACAUUUUCUGACAUAUGCUGACAAUAAUGCUGUUGGUUAUUUUAUCAAACAGGGUUUCACAAAAGAGAUUUACUUGGAGAAAGAUCGAUGGCAUGGGUAUAUUAAAGACUAUGAUGGAGGUAUCUUAAUGGAGUGCAGAAUUGAUCAAAAACUUCCUUACACUGAUUUAUCAACCAUGAUCCGUCGUCAGAGACAGGCAAUUGAUGAAAAGAUACGAGAGCUAUCCAAUUGCCACAUUGUCUAUCCUGGAAUUGAUUUUCAAAAGAAAGAAGCUGGUAUUCCCAAGAAGAUCAUCAAAAUUGAGGACAUUCCUGGCUUGAGGGAGGCAGGGUGGGCUCCUGAUCAGUGGGGCCAUUCACGGUUCAAAACGUUAAACUCUUCUAAGGAUAGUGGCACAAAUCAAAAACAUUUGACUGCAUUUAUGCGCUCACUUUUGAAGCAGUCCAUGCAUGACCAUGUUGAUGCUUGGCCAUUCAAGGAACCAGUUGAUGCUUGUGAUGUCCCUGAUUAUUAUGACAUCAUCAAGGAUCCCAUGGAUCUGAAGACAAUGUCGAAGAGGGUAGAGUCAGAGCAAUACUAUGUAACACUCGAGAUGUUCAUUGCUGAUGUCAAGAGGAUGUGUGCCAAUGCACGGACAUACAACACACCUGAUACCAUUUAUUACAAGUGUGCAACCAGGCUAGAAGCCCAUUUCCAAAGCAAAGUCCAAUCAGGCAUCCAGUCAAAAAUUUUGCCAUGAUGUGUCCCUUGGAUUUACAUACUGCAAUUACGAGGAGAUCGACAUUUACUAAAUUAAGCCUAGGCAUUGUCUAGAUUGCAAAGAGAGCCCUUGUGUGGGUUAUUUAUGUAUCCUCAGCAUAGUGCAUGUCUUCAUGCGAACCAUGCUAGAAUUUAGUUCACUUUUUUCGUUUUUCUUUUCCUAAA